UGCAAUUUAAUUGCAGACUAAGCAAAACAUGCACAAAUUUGAUUUUUCAAUAUGUAGACCUUGGAAUAGGCAUCCAUUUUUGAGAGAGUACAAACUAUGUAUUUCCAAAGUAUAUCAGGAAAUGUAGCUGCAUUCUGUGUGGUUCUGCAGUGGCAGGCCCUCCGUUUCCAUGACGACGGUAGCCUGGCCCAGGGCCACAGGCUUCACUCGGCUCAGCGGCGCUCUUCGGGUGAAAGGAGCAGCCUACGUUAUUUCUCCGAAGGCGAAGCUGCUUCUGCGAGGGACGGAGUAGGUGCAGGGACGUCGCCGCCCUCGAGAAUGAAACAUGUCUUCACCCUCUAUUGUGUCAUUAAGAUGGGGAGAAAUGAAAGUUGAGGGCAGUGACACUUUAUACAAGGAUUGUAAAGUCUGGCCAGGAGGGAAACGAACAUGGGACUGGCGAGAGACAGGAACUCAGCAUCGUCCUGGAGUUCAGCCAGCUGAUGUUAAUGAAAUUGUAAAUAAAGGUAUCCAAACACUUGUCAUUGGAAGGGGGAUGGAAAAGGCAUUACAAGUGCCUGAGGAGACACUGGCUUUCAUCAGAAGUAAGGGCAUUCAUGCCUUAGUUCUGCAAACGGAAAAAGCUGUGGCACAGUAUAAUAAAUUGGUGAAAGAGGGGGUUGCUGUUGGAGGAAUCUUCCAUUCAACCUGCUAAAGUAUCCUGUUAUUACACUUCAUGUCUUGAUUUUACCAAGAGAAUAACUCACUUUGCUUGGUUGCCAAGGUUAAGCAUUCUGUUGUAAUUUUUUUAAUGUAAGAUGAAAAAUUGAUGACAUAUGUGGACUGAAAAACUAAAACAGAUACUGGUAUUUCUAUGACAAUCUGACAGUUUCAUUCCUAGGAAACCUUGUGUUUAAAAAAAAAAGAAUAUUGUCAAUAGGGAAAAGGUUAGGGCCUGAAGAGUUCCAGACUCGUAAUAACAAAGUUAAUUUAAAAAAAGUCUUAUUAAUAGCUACAAAUGUAUUAUUUGUUGCUAAAAAUAUAAAAAGGGUGAAUGUAGCGUUGUCUAAUUGCACAAUAGAAAUUAUUGUCAAUUUCCCAGUGACCACCUGCGGUGAAUUCUUUUUUUAAAAAGACAAUGGUGGCUUAUUUCUGCCAGGAGGGAGAGGUUACAUGAAAAGUUUUUUUCCCCCCCCGAGACUUUUUUUCAGGUCAGCUUUUGAUUCUGCUUGUCAUUUUCCAAAGUAAUUUUGAAGUAGUUCUCUAAUUCCCGUUUGAAAUUGUCUUAUAACCAAAUCGGUCAGCAUAAUACAAAUAAUUUCCCCUGAUAUUCAAUUUGCAAUAUUAAAACAUAUGCUGGACCAUAACUAGCUAUACUAAAAGAUGGUUGGACAUUUCAUGCAGUCAGUAUUUCAUAACUUCCACUUCAAAGAUUAAUUCAACUGUAAUGAAGCAUUAUGUAAUUUCUAUUUUCUAUUUGAUUGGCUAAUAAACAUUCCAUGUUGUUUACUGCUUAAA